AUGAAUGAAGUCGGCCGCGAACUGAAGAAAUACAACCUCGAUCUAAUAGCACUUCAAGAAAUCAGAUGGCAGGGAACUGGCACCAUAGACAAAGACGAGUAUACACUUCACUACAGCUGUGCCGACAUUCAGGGACACCGCGGCACUGGUUUCAUCAUUACUAAGAAGCUUCGAAGUUGCGUACUGGGCUUUGAAGCAGUCAACGACAGACUAUGCAAAAUACGGAUUAAAGGAAAGCUCUACAAUACUACAUAUGUCUGCGCAUAUUCACCAACGGAAGAUGCAUCAGACGAAGACAAAGAAAAGUUUUACGAGGAACUUCACACACUAUGCAGUAAAGUACCGAAAUAUGAUGCACUUUGUGUUCUAGGUGACUUCAACGCAAAAGUUGGGAAAGAGAAUAUUUAUGCGGACGUGACUGGUAAGCAUUCUCUGCAUGAAGACACCAGUGACAAUGGAGAACUUUUAUGCAAUUUUGCAGUAGCAAACAAUCUUUUUAUAUGUGGCACGAAAUUUCCACACAAAAAUAUACACAGGCACCUGGAAGGUUCCCGGUAG